CUAAUUCCUAACCCACCUUCGCCCACUCGUCCGACCCGCACCCAUACUUCGUACACGGUACACCAUGAAUGUUCAAUGUUCCCAGUCACCGAUUCCACUCCACUCCCACUCCUAGCAGGCUAGCACAUGCAUUUCUGCACUCUUGCACUCCUGCACAUCUGCAGCUCUGCACCUUCUGCACCUCUGCACCUCUGCACAGUCCGCACCAAGCAUUCGUGCUAUAAUGCUAUUAUAUCGGCUAGUGGCUUUUUACCUACCUACCUACCUACCUACCUAGUACGUACGGAGUAGUGCCUAGUGCAGAGUAGUUUACCAGCCUACCUUCCCAUUAAUAAUUUUCAAUUCGGAGCUAAUCCUUAUUUGGACUAAUUAGAAAAUCGAUAAAUUCUACUAGGUACAUGAAUCCUAGUACCGAGAUAAACCCCACUUAAUGCCUCUCUCUAAUUGGUUUACACAAUCCCACGCCGCUUCAUACCCGGACUCGAUAACAUUUAUCGAUGCAACUGGUGCUGCUGCUAUUGAUUUGAACUCCAACUUAUUAAACUCCAACUCUUCUAAAUCACAACAAACAUCUUCACAUUCGUCUCCGCAUUCAAUCACUUCGUCUUCUUCUUCUGUUUCUUCCUCUUCUUCGGUAUCCAGUACUCUAGAAGAUUUUCAUUUUACUAAUAACGUCAAGUCUAAUAUGACGACAACUUCUUCACCUAUAAAUAUCGCCACACCAACCAGAAACUCUUCGUCAUCGCCGUCAUCUCAAGGCAAUAAAAAUAAUUCAAAUUACCUCGACCCAGAUUCACGAACUUCGGCCAGAAUCAUGACAACCGGUACAGGAUUCGACGAUCAUAUGGGUCGUUCAAGACAAGAAUCAUUUGCAGCAGCAAAGCCCAUAUCCAUGAACAAUCCAAACAGAAAUAAUGAUCGUCCUCGUCGCGAAAGUUUGGCAGGUAGCCUCGUGGGAGGUAUGAGUUGGGGAGGCGUUUCCGUUGGAAGUUGGAUUCGUGACGAGUACGUGUAAUCCAAUCUUUACCAAUAUUCACCUCAAUCACUUCGUAGUUCAAAAAACAUAUGCCUCAUUCACCACAUUUGACGACAAACAAAAAUGUUUCAGCGUCCUAGAAAGUGCGGGGCACACAAUUUCAAUUCACAUGGCGCUGACAUGACAUUUUUGAAUAGUAUUAUCAUGGCUGGCACAUCACCAUUCCCAUAUCAAUCACCAUCAUAUCAUUCUUCCUCCUAUCUUCCUAAGCUCGAAGCCAACUUCAUGAAAGAUUUCAGCUGUUGUGGCAACACAUUAGCAACACUACACGACCUUCUACAACAUUAUGAGGAGUCUCAUGCGCAACAGACCCCAGCAUCACUUCGAAAUAAUUCAUCUAUUGUACGAGCUCGGGAAAACGCAAUACCCAACGGUAGAGCAGGCAUGGCAGCACCAAAUACAUCUGCCGUACAACAUCAUGCUCAGCAGCAACAAAACCAACCAUCACAACCUCGGCUUUCGGGCUUGCAGAUGCCACAAGCUGGUGCAAGCGUUGGAGGCAUUCAAUUGAUGCGCCAACAGCAACGUUCACAACCAGCUACUCCUAUACAAAAAUCUAACCAAGGUGCUAUUGAUGACAUGGAUGGCGUUGAAGAUAUGGAAAUGGACGAUGCUAUCGGACCUAUGGAUUCGACCCCGGAUACGCCGGUUCAAGCUUCUCAUAAUCAUCAGCCUGUGCAGGCAGCACAACAGUCCAUGUUCGGUCAGCAACCAAGACCCACCAUUAAUCUCAACUCCACCAUGCAACACUCUGGACUCCGUACAUCUCAACCAGCCACUCCCGCAGCUUCCUCUUUUGGAAUUCACAACAACCCGACUGUUUCUUCUGUUAAUACCCCUACUUUGACAGCACAACCCAUGCAGCAAUCACAGAAAUUUUCACCAGAUACCUCGGCCCCCGGCACGCCAUCGGAAAUGGAUGGAGACUACACAAGUAUGCCCAUGAAUAUGAACAUGGGAAAUAGAAAUAUGAACAUGAAUAAUAUGAAUUUUCCGUUCAAUUUCGGUGGAAAUGAUUUGGGCUUGGAACUUUGCAUCGACGAGCCCGCUAAGCGUCUCUAUAGCCCUAACGGUGGUGGUUUUAAUAAUCAAAGGGCUCUUCAACAACAAUUUGCUCAAUUUGGUUUGGGGCAAGCACAAUUUGCAAAUAAUGCAGAUUUAAUGAGAGCAUACCAGCAACAACAAUUGAUGGCGAGCAUGAAUGCAAUGGGAGAUCCUACAGGAUUAAUGAUGGGAGAAGAGCACAAACCAUUCAGAUGUCCCGUGAUUGGAUGUGAAAAGGCCUACAAGAAUCAAAAUGGUCUUAAGUGAGUAUUUCCACCCCCUUCAAAUCUUUUCUAUGCUAAUUUUGUUCAGGUAUCACAAGACGCAUGGACAUCAAACUCAACAGUUACACGAAAACGGUGAUGGGACAUUUUCCAUUGUCAAUCCAGAAACUUCAAUUCCAUACUCGGGCAACGAAGGUAUGGAAAGAGAGAAGCCAUACAAGUGUGAUUACUGCGGCAAGAGAUAUAAAAAUUUGAAUGGCCUCAAAUAUGUGAGUAUCAUCGAUUGUUCAGAAUUAUGUGAAUUUUGUCUAACAAAGCUUAGCAUAAACAACACUCUACCCCUUGCGAUCCCGAUCUCAAGCUAAACAACCACUUAGCCGCUGCUGGGUUAGGUGGUCUCGGAGUCCCAAUGGGGGGUUUGCCCGGCAUUGGUGAGGAAGGUAUGAUGUGAGAUCUGUUCUCUAUUCGGAUCACCGACCAUUUCCCGAACUACGCUAUUUUGAUCUCGGUAAAUUGCCAUCUCACGAGUGACGAAUUUCUCAGAAGUCCCUUUCUCAAAUACCUCACAGGCGUUUUCAAAACAAAGGCUUACAUUGGGUGGAGUUUUGCAUUAUGCAGAUGAGUAUAAAAUACUAUACCCCGACACAGAUUGAAAUCAGUAUGCGAGAGUCAAACGAUGAUUGUCAGCCGACGACAAAAUAACUUCAUAAACCGCAAAUAAAUUUUUGCUGUUCUUCGAAGUCCUAUCGGAAGGACUAAUGAUCAGUCAUUGGCUGAAUCUUGCAUACAUCAUUACUUCUCUCCGUACAAUACAAACUCUAAUGUUCUGUUUUCCUUUUAUUAUAUUCUCGGAUUUUAAAAAGUGUCGCGUUUUCUUUUUCUUUUUCUGAUUACUUGCUCUUCUUGCAUUUCUUAAAGAUAUUCUCUCGUAGGGAAUUCGCAGGCGUUGUUCAUUAGUAGCGAAAAUCGGAAGUUAUAGGCCACUUCAAUAGAUUGGUUGGAUUCAAUUUGUUUUUGUAUGUAUGGGAAUGCACUGUGGGUUUAGAGUGGCUAAUCAUUGAAUAUCAUUUUGGAUAUCAUGACGCUAUGAAGACGAAUCUCCUUUUGAUAACGAGUUUGGAGUUGGGUUCUAGUUUGGGAUGGAAAAUUUUCUAAUGGGUGGUUGGAUGAAUUGCUUUGUUAUUGCAAGAUGGAAGAGAAAAUGGGAUUGGAACGGAUUGAAUUAGCUAGAGGCGUUUGAACUUUGUGAAAUCACUGCUUUGUUUUUGAUAGGGUUACUAGUAUCAGAAUGGAAGUUGAUUACAUUUAUAUUGAUUCUU